AUGAGGCCGUCUCUAGCCCUGCUGCUGUUCGCAGGACUGCUGUGUCACCAGACGGCGGCGUUGAGUGUACCGAAGAACCGCGAUCGGGACUUGUCACGUCUACUGUCCGGCAAACUCGACGUCCUCGACAGGGUGCCUGGCCUGGUGAACAAGGUCCUCAGCACAACGAUCCUUGUGGUGCGGGCGCUGAGAGAGACUAUCGACGACAAUGGAGAGACCCGGAACGACUUGGACACAGCGCUCGGGUUCAACAGCACCACAGGCUUGCCCACAGGAAAUUCGACGUCGGCAGUGUCGUGUCCAAAUAUUGCCGUUAUCUAUGCGAGGGGGACGAAUGAGCCAGGCAUGUCUCGGGUGUUAAGGGGCAACGUGGGCUUUCUCACCGGCCCGCCCUUCUUCGACGCUCUCAAGACGUAUAUGAACGGCACUGGCACCUUGUCCAUCCAAGGCGUCAACCAGUACCCCGCGGAGCCCGCGGGCUUCUUCGCGGGUGGUUCCAUGACGGGCGCUACCGCAGCCGCGCAGGUGGCCUCCCGCACGCUGACAAUGUGCCCCAACACGCGCCUCACCAUGUCGGGCUACUCGCAGGGCUCGCAGGUGGCCCGCCUAGCCAUUGCUCAGCUGACGCUCGAUCAGCAGGCCCGCAUCUCGAGCGUCGUGCUCUUCGGCGACCCCCUCGGCGGCGCAGCGGUCUCCGGCGUCGACGAGACGCGGCUGCUCGUUGUCUGCCACGCCGGCGACAACAUCUGCGAGGGUGGCAACCUCGUCCUGUCGCCCCACCUCGACUACAGCAGCGACGCGCCGACGGCGGCGCUGUUCGUCAUGCAAAGGAGCAAUCUUGGCCUCGCGAGUCGGGACGCGGAAAACGAGGGGAUGAGCGGGACUGUGGUGGGCAAGGUGCAGGGUAUCAUGCUUUCUCCCAAGCACGGAAUAGCGAGCGAUUAG